AUGGACGGGGUUCAUCAGCACUUCGCUAUGAGGAUGUUUUUCCACUUUCUACUUCUGAUCCUGCUUCGAACGUCCACUGAAGCCACGAGCAUCUGUUCUGCUCCACAAUCUGUGCAGUUUCCAGAAAACAACACCGUGGGUGAUGUUGUGGCAACGAUCACUGUCCAACCCAAUGUGACCCUCGAGCUCAGUCCUUCCCCCGACGACAACGACCCAUUCAGGCUCAGUGAAAACCAGCUGAUAGCUCAAAGAGUGUUGGACUAUGAGACUGAGCGAAGUCACAUCGCCAGGAUCACCUGCACUGAGACGGAGACAGGCCUCAAGCUGAACCUCAACAUUGUUGUACUCGUGACCAAUGUGAAUGAUAACCCACCAGUGUUUGACCAGAACCCCUACCACGUCAGCAUCAAUGAGAUGUCUCCUGUGGGAACAACUGUGGGCAACUUUGCUGCCACAGACUUAGAUCAACACAUUCAGCUCUACUACACACUGACAUCUGAAUCUAACGACUUUAAACUGAAGUCAGCUACGGUCCCAGACCUUCUUGUUGACAAGCCUCUCAACUACGACAAAGUCAAAAAUUUUCAACUGGUAUUGUCCGUUCAGGACACACCAUUGACAGCAGGUUACAGCGCCUCGUUCACCGCCACCACCACCAUCCUAAUCACCGUCUUAGACGGGGACAACAGGCCUCCAUGGUUCCAGCCCUGCUCCAAGCACGAGAUUGGUGGGACGGUGAUCUGCCAGAGCGCCGGCUACACAGGCAGGGUCAAUUUAAAUGAACAAGAGACCGGAGUCUUACCCCUGAAACCCGGACCACUUUACGCCAUUGAUGGAGACUCUGGGAUAAAUGAGGAGAUAACAUACUCAUUUCUGAGCGGAAAUGAGGAGGGUCUCUUUGAUAUCAACCCGAACACGGGGAACAUCAGCAUGCUGAGGCCGACUGACGUGUUGGGGACAAUCACUCUGACAGUUCUGGCUGCCCAGAAGAGCAACAUUUACCAGUUUGCCACAACCACCGUCACCAUCAGUGUUCAAGUGAAGAGCCUCCACCCUCCACAGUUUCAGGAGCCUCAGUACGAAGGCGUCAUCACCUCAGUGGGCUCCAUGGCCAUUGACCUAAAGAACAAGGACCAGCCGCUGCGGAUCCUCGCUACAGACGACGACUACAAUGCCACUGGGGGUCUAAAUCCCCACAUCACCUACUCCUUUGAUGGGAACAGUGAUUUCUCCAUCAUUAAUGGCUACUUAUUCAUGACUAAGGAUCUCCCAAACACCAUAUUGUCCCUGAAAGUGAUUGCAGAAGACACGUCCAACAGUGAAACAGCUACAGCUCAAAUUUCAGUAGAGGUGACAACAGGUCUCACCACCACCAGUUUGCCUCUGAGCACUACAGACAUUAUGACCACAACAUCCACAGGGGAGUCCACCACCAACAGCAAGACCACUGGAGAUAUCGUGUCCACCACCGACCCCAGUAUGUCCACUGACAGCAGAGCCUCAACUACCAUCCCGAGCACAUCCAGUGAAAGUAUAAUCUCCACAACAAGCUCCAGUAUGUCCACUGAAGGCAGUGUUUCAACCACUAAUCCCAGUACGGCCAGUGAAGGGAGCAUCUCCACUGCCAGCACACCCUACCCUCCCACUGUGAUCAAACCAUCAGGUGGCUACGGACCGGGGGACAUGGCAGCACUCGGUGCAACCCUGGGUGGCCUCCUGUUGAUCUGUCUGGUGGUCAUCGGGGUGCUCGUCCAUCGCAUGCGGAAGGGGAAAGCAGACUGGAGGAAGAUCUAUGAAGCCAGCCUGUUUCGAAGCUCUCUGGGUCAAGCCCCAGGUGGUCUUAAGGAAGGCAUCCAGUACAGCAACGAGGCCUUCCAGAACGAUGAAGAUGGAGGAAGCAUGGGCUCUGGCGGCCCAGAGGGGGGAAGUGUAAUGGCUGGUAGAGAGUCACAAAAAAUGGUGAAGGACAUCCCACUCAAAGAGGCCAAUGUGAAGUCUUCUGUGCCACUGCACGCUCUCCUGCCUGAUGACACCAGCCUGGCGGGCUCGGACAAGGCCGACAGUGAGAAGGAGGUAAAACCCAUCCUGACCAAGGAGAGGCGCAUGGAGGAGGGAUACAAGGCGGUUUGGUUUAAGGAGGACAUCGACCCCAACGCCAAGGAGGAAGUUGUCAUCAUCCCAGACAACAGAGAGGACAACAGCGAGGAGGAAGAUGAGGAACAGUCAUCCAGCGGCAGGGAGGAAGAAGAAGACAAUAACUCGCCAUUAAAAACCCCUAAGGUCGCCUUUUCUGAUGCAGAUCUGGACAGUGGACUCGGGGUGAAAAUGGAGGAUCCAUCAGAGGACUCAGACGGUGACGAAGCACUGACCUCUGAUCUGUGA